AGUCAGAGAGAACAGGGACACGGGGCCGGGGCGGCCGCAGAGGGACGGAGAAGGAAACAGAAGAGCCUGGGAAACAGAGAAACAUCAGAGACUCAGAAUAAUACAAACCCAAGGACACACAGCAAGACCGAGGCCCCAGAGGAAGGCGCUCAGGAGCCAAGAAUGGGGAGCACAGGGAGAGAGGAGGAUGGAGAGAGAGGAGGAUGGAGAGAGAGAGAGAUGGUGGAGUGGAAGGGGGGGCAUGUUGUGAGGGUGCAGACGCAGCCCCAGUCGAAGCUGGGGGCUUCUUGGGGCUCCCACAGAUGGCCGUGGGUGGGGUCUCUGAGACAAUCACCCUUAACCUUGCCAGGACACAAAAACAGGUGGCCCGAUGCCUGGAGGACACAGCCACGGCCCUCCAGCGGCUCGUGGAGCUGACAGCCACCAGGGUGACCCCAGUGAGGAAUCUGCGGGCCCAGUAUCGCCUCAUCCGAAAGCUUGGCUCGGGCUCCUAUGGCAAAGUGCUCCUCGCCCGGCCCCGCCAAGGGGGUCCGGCUGUGGCUCUGAAGCUCCUGCGCCGGGACUCGGUCCCGAGAUCCACCUUCCUGAGGGAGUUCUGCGUGGGCCGCUGCGUCUCCUCACACCCGGGCUUGCUCCAGACCCUGGAGGGACCCCUGCAGACCCCCCGGCACUUCGCCUUCACCCAGGAGUACGCGCCCUACGGGGAUCUCAGCGGGCUGCUGCAGGAGCGGGGCCUCCCCGAGCUGCUGGUGAAGCGGGUGCUGGCCCAGCUGGCCGGGGCGCUGGACUUCCUCCACAGCCGGGGGCUGGUGCACGCCGACGUGAAGCCGGACAACGUGCUGGUCUUCGACGCCGCCUGCAGCCGCGUGGCCCUCGGGGACCUGGGCCUGACCCGGCCGGAGGGCAGUCCGACCCCGGCGCCCCCCGGGCCGCUGCCCUCCGCCCCGCCCGAGCUCUGCCUCCUGCUGCCCCCCGACACCCUGCCCCUGCGGCCAUCCCUGGACUCCUGGGGCCUGGGGGUGCUCCUCUUCUGCGCCGCCACGGCCUGCUUCCCCUGGGACGUGGCGCUGGCCCCGGACCCCCAGUUCGAGGCCUUCGCCGGCUGGCUGACCACCCGGCCCCAGCCGCCUCGACCGCCCCGCCCCUGGGACCGGUUUGCGCCCCCGGCUCUGGCUCUGCUCCAGGGCCUGCUGGACCUGGACCCCGAGACCAGGAGCCCCCCACUGGCGGUCCUGAACUUCCUGGGGGACGACUGGGGGCUGGAGGGGGACAGUGGGGGACCUGGGGGCUCGGGGAGCAUCUCUGGGGAGGAUGGGGAGGAGGAAGAGGAGGGAUCCAGCUUGGAGGAGUGGACAGAGGAGGAGGAGGAGGGGGACCCAGGCGGCGUGAGGGUGGGGACAGAUGGGGGAACUCCCGGACCAGGUGACUGAGCAGGUGGCCGGGCCCGAGCCAGAGGCCCCUCCCGCAGCCUCCACGGCCACCUGGACGGAGAGACAGCUGCUCCCGGAGGACAGACGCAGCCCAUCGGGUCUCUCCCUUCCGGAGGCCGGAUGUGGCCGCACUACCCCCUCCCCCGCCCCCCACAUGAGGACCCAGGAGCCCAGGCCCCCAGCCUCCUCCCUCAGACCCAGGAGUCCAGGCCCCCAGCCCCUCCUCCCUCAGACCCAGGAGCCCAGGCCCCAGCCCCUCCUCCCUCAGACCCAGGAGCCCAGGCCCCCAGCCUCCUCCCUCAGACCCAGGGGUCCAGGCCCCCAGCGCCUCCUCCCUCCAGCUCCCUCCCCUCCUCUUCCUUCUGCCCUGAUGGCGUCUCCAUGGAGGAAGGCGCUGUUCCCCCUGUGGAUCCCUCUCCGCACUGUGGGCCUCCCCGGAUGUGGGGACCUGGACUUCCUGUGCGGGCGCUCCUCUCUUCUAAGACCUCGCACGGCUCCCACCGACCCCGGCACCAAACCUGGGCUUUCAGGACCCGACGCCUCGGGGAACCGCAGCCUGCGCCGCCUCUCCGUGUCCCUGGGCUCCUGACACUGAGGGAGCCACGCAGGCCCUGAGGACCUGUAUCUGUGCACGCACGCACGUGCACGCACCACGCACACACGUGCACGCAGGCGCACGCACCACGCACACACGUGCACGCAGGCGCACGCACCACGCACACACGUGCACGCAGGCGCAGGCGCGCACAGGGCUUCCCGUGUCCUCCCUGGGAGCCGCCCAGAUGCCCCGCCUGCGCCCUCUUGGCCCCACGGACUGGAUCGGACCGGGUGGUCGUGGCUCCCUGGUCCCCGGCUCCCUCUCAGGGCCUCCGGCGGGGACUCCAUCCCUGUGUCUACAUCCUUCCAGCUCCCGCGCCCACCUUCCACCGCCCUGAGCGGCUCGGGUGCAGCGCGCGGUGGGGGCGCCCCGGCUCAGGGCCCCCUGGUGGGGCGGGUCUGCAGCGACCAGUGCUGCCUCCGCGGGGGCCACGUCCCCGGGGCCGCCGGGCCAGGCAGGGGGGCUGUGCUUCCUCCGGGGACUCUGUGCUGCCUGAGGUCAGCCCGGCCGGUGUGGCUCGGUGGUUGAGCGUUGACCUAGGAACCAGGAGGUCAGGGUUCGAUUCCGGUCAAGGGCACAGGCCCUGGUUGCGGGCUCCAUCCCCAGUGUGGGGCGUGCAGGAGGCAGCCGAUCCAUGAUGCUCUCUCAUCACUGAUGCUUCUCUCUC